GCCACCAUGAUAAAUCGGCCGCUCGUACGCCAACACAGCACUUGCAAAUUGAUUUAUUUUUGCUACUAUAUAGAGCUCUUGAUGUGAUGUUCCUAUGAGCCAAACGAGACUUGCAACCAACGUUGUGUUCCGGAGUUAGAGUUAACUUUCCAGCGCUGCCGAAAGUACAUAUAUUCAGCCAAUUGCAUGUAUUUCCGGCACAACGAUCUUCUCUAGAGUAUGGAGGCACGAUCCAGCUAAGAUUAACUUCUAGUAGUAGCUAACUAUGUCUACUAGCUGCAUGCAAAAUAUGAAACUCUGUGGUGCAGCUGUUCCGCUACUAGCAACGCUUUUUUCUCACAAAUCUACUGAUUGAAAUUCAGCCACGCCCAUUGCUUUCAAAACUAUCUUGCCACGUGGAUAAAUCGAAAGUGCUACUGUGUGAGACGUGUUUCCAGGUACUAGGUGCUUCUAGGCUCGCUUCUAGGUUACAUAUGGCUGAGGUACCGCUAAAAGAAAGAAUAUUUUAUAGCCGUACUAAGAAAGCUGCGACUGUAUGUGAAGUUAACUCAAAAAAUCGCCCACCCUCAUACAAGCAUUGGGAUUUGAAAACCGUAAGCACUGCUUGUUCAGCUAUUAGAAAUGGUACGUUGAGUCAACGACGUGCUGCUGAAGAAUAUGGUAUUCCUAGGUCCACACUGGGCGAUUACUAUCGAGGAAGCACUCUUCCUGGUGCCAAAAGUGGCCCAAACAAGUAUCUCUCUGAUGCAGAAGAAGCAGAACUGACCAGGUUCUUGAUUAGAUGUGCCUCUGUUGGCUUUCCUAAAACCAGAAGUAAUGUAAUUGCAAUUGUGCAAAGAGUGUGCGACCGUAAAGGAGUCAAGGUCACAGUCACUCAUGGUUGGUAUGAAAGCUUCACAAAGCGACACUCGGAACUAGUUUUGCGAAUUCCUAAAUUGUCUGUAGCAAGAGCAAAAGCCACAGAUCCAGAAGUUAUUUCGAGUUACUUUGACAUGUUGGAGAAGGUUCUAGUAGAGUAUGACCUUCUAGACACACCAGCACAUAUUUUUAAUGUUGACGAGACAGGCAUGCCUCUGGACCACCAUCCUCCAAAAGUUGUUUGCAAAAAAGGAAUGAAAAAUCCUUCAUGUAUCACGAGUGGAAAAAAGACCCAAAUAACUGUAGUUGCAUGUGUCAGUGCUGCUGGUUACUGUAUUCCCCCGAUGGUUAUCUGGAAUGGGAAGUCCAUGCACCCUGACAUGGCAGCUGGUGAAGUUCAUGGGACGUUGCAUGCUUUCUCUGAUAAUGGGUGGAUUGACACUGAGCUUUUCGACGUCUGGUUUAAUAACUUAUUUCUACGUUAUGCCCCUGCUGUUCGCCCAUUAUUGCUAUUGAUGGAUGGACACAGCACACACUAUUCACCUGAAACCAUCCGUCUUGCAGCAAAGCAAAAAGUUAUUCUCUUUAUUCUCCCCCCUAAUACUACGCACCUGUCGCAGCCACUUGAUAAGGGGAUUUUCGGUCCCCUUAAAAUUCGCUAUAGUCAAUUCUGCCAUGAAUAUUUGGCCCAAAAUCCAGGAAAGGUGCUCAGCAGAUUCUCGUUUAGCAGUCUGUUUAAGAAGGCAUGGGUUCAGGCACUAACGAUGGUAAAUGUUCAGUCCGGAUUUGAAACAACAGGAGUGUAUCCACUUGACAGGAGUAAAAUCAUGCCACCUGAGUAUCUGGAGGAAAGCGUUUUGGAAGAAGAUGUGAAUGGGUUGCCAUUUCUGCCAUUGUUGACUCCGUCACGAAAGUCGUACUCCCGAAAAGAAACUGAUGCUUCCAGAAACUACACAUAUCCAACUGCUGGAAGACCCCUUAAAGAAAUUUUAACUUACCCUGAGCCAAUCCAUAAGCUUCCAACAAUCAAGCCGAGAAAGACAUCUAGAGUGGCAACAUCUUCAGAAGAAAGGCAAAAAAUGGAAUUAAAGGAAGUGGAUAAAGCACAAGAGAAAUUCCGAAAAGAGCAAAAUAAGUACAUCAGAGAAUUAAAGAAAAGUUCAGCUGUAUCAGAUGAUAUAAAAAAACUUAUUGAAUCGAAACCAAAAUCAACAGGAACCCGUCGCAAGACUGAGAAACAAGACAAGAGCAAGACAGAGACAAAAGAUGAGGUGUGUGACAGCGAUGAGGACAGUUUACUUGUAAGCCCUCUUCAGCUUUCUCUGUUUGAUCCACCCAAUCAUCACAGUAGGGAUCAGGCCACCAAUCCUGUAAAAAUAACAGUAACUGAUCCUCCGGAUAACUGGUCAGAUACCCUAUGUGAUACGUAUACAUUCAGUGGCGGUGGUUUUGAGAGUUCUCCUCUUAGUACAUCUCCAGACGUCCAAGCUCACCCAGUGAAAAGCAGUGGAAAAAGUUCUACAACCACCAUCAAAUCUACACCGUUUAGGACACGCGCUGGAGUGAGUGUUCAGACUGGGAGAAAGAAAACAGCUCCAGACGACCAAGCUCCUGUCGUUGUCGUUGACCCUAAGAGCCCAGUGAAAAGCAGCGGGGAAAGUGCUACAUGUACAAGGAAUGUCAAAUCUACGCGAUCUAGGACACGCGCUGGAGUGAGUGUUCAGACUGGGAGAAAGACCGAGACAGCUCCAGACGACCAAGCUCCUGUUGUUGUCAUUGAUCCUGAGAGCCCAGUGAAAAGCAGCGGGGAAAGUGCUGCAAGGAAUGUCAAAUCUACGCCCUUUAGUACACGUGCUGGUGACUCGAAGGCAUACAAGGUACACUUUCAAGUAUCCAAUGAAUCAUUGCUUGAUGACUCAGAAACAAAUCUGUGCUUAAAAGAUUGGGUUAGUGAUCUUGGUCUCUCUCUUUAUGAGAAACAAGCCCUUCAACGUAAUGCUUGGCUGUCAGCAAAUCAUAUUUCUGCUGCAAAUAUGCUGCUCAGAAGAGAAUUCCCUCAUCAAAACGGACUUCAAGAUACUAUGUACUUGCUCGAAAAUCUCCAGUGGAGAUCGUCAGCUCAUGAAUUUGUGCAAAUAAUUCAUGUUGGAGGAUUUCAUUGGGCGUGCUUAUCAAAUAAAUUAUCAUCUGAUGCAAGUGAAAUACAGCUGUAUGACAGUCUUCACAUAGAACCUGGCCCUACCAUUAUUGAACAGUCUUGCACGAUUCUCCAUUGUAUGAAAGAUCGUUUCACAAUCCAAGUUGUGAAUGUUCAACUUCAGUAUACUGGUGAUUCUUGUGGUUUGUUUGCCAUCGCUAUGGCUUAUGAUUUAUGUUCUGGUCGAAACCCUUUGAAAAUCAGCUACGAUGAAUCGAUGAUGAGAGUUCAUCUGGAGCGUUGCUUCAACAAUCGUGAACUGUCACGCUUCCCACGAGCUGCAAAAAAAAGGGAUUGCCCCAAGACAAUAGUCGCAAAAACGCAGGUUCCUGUAUACUGUAGGUGCCGAUAUUCUGAUGUGGAAGUCACAUCGAGGUUUGGGGAUAUGGCGUCAUGUGACAGUUGCAGUAAAUGGUACCACCAGGAUUGCGAAAACAUUCCAAACGCUGUUUUUAAUGAUACUCAAAAAACAUGGUUUUGUAUGUCGUGUAGCCAGUAGUAAUAAUAAUAUUGUUUAUUGUUUUUAUGUUCUUUUUGUAGUCUAUUUUGUCUAUUUUGUCUGUGUUACCAUAUAAUCUUUGAGGAUUGC